CCUGAAUGUGUUCUUUUAACCGAGCAAAGGGACUGUUUGGAUAUACCUUGGAAGAUGGAGGACUUUUCUGACCCCGAGCGCCAGUCAAAGUGUCUCUUCACAUUGGACCGUUUGCUCUGAAAGUGUAGUCUGCUGAGCCCCCUGUCACUGCUGUGCUGCUACUCAUGUGAACAUGGAUGGGCUGGUGAACGCAGACUUCAGCCAACACAGUGCGGAUGGAGGGAAUGGAUCGAUCAAAGUGGACAAGCUAUCGAAGACGGUCAUAUUCAAAGGCCUUGCCCCUCGAGUGAUGCUGUCCAAUCGUCUGCUUCCCAAGGGCACCAAGUCCAAGGUCAAUCUGGAGGAGCAAGGUCGUCAGAAGGUGUCCUUCAGCUUCAGCCACACAAAGAAGCCGCUGCAGAGCCUCUUCACUGAGCCCAGGAGCUCGGACAAACCCAGUGAAGGCCACUCCUCUCUGCCACGCCCCUCUGUGUCCUCUCCACCUCCUCCCCCGCCGCCGCCGCCUCCUCCUCAAGCCGUGCAGCUCGCUGAAAGUGUGAAGUUGAACGAUAAGAGUGAUGCACCACAGGCCCCCAGCGCCGCACCAGAAACCAUUUCACAUCCGCCCCUCAUCUCCCCUUCUCUGAGGCCCAGGGUGGACCUUGUGAAAAUGCAUUUUAAGAAGCAUAUGCUUAGUGUGUCUGUUAAGGAUGAUUGUCCGGAUACCGGUGUCUUAAUGGAGGAGGUGCCCUUGGAGAAGGAGGCGCCCUUGGAGAAGGAGGCGCCCUUGGAGAAGGAGGUGCCCUUGGAGAAGGAGGUGCCUUCGGGUCGGACGUCUGCUGCAGUCCAGCCCUCUGGUGCCUCCCAGCCAACUGGAAGCCAGCCGUCUGCAGCAGUCAAGCCUGUUGCCGUUCAGCCCACCGCACCCACAGUUGAAACAGCAGAGCCGACAGUGCCCCAGGCUAAGGAGGCUAAGGGUAAGGAUGAGGACCCUGGCGUUGACGUCACAAAAGCAAAGGCGAUGGAUCCAGAGGUUCCCACAGGACCGCCUCAUUCCUCCCAUAUUGGGAAAGAAGAUAAAGACUGUUCAGUUGUUGCAUCGCUUGAACGUGGCAAAAAAGGCCCAUGCCAAUCAGACAGUACACUUCCUGGUUCGGAGUCAGAUGGGGAUUCUGAGCAGACGUCCUCCAGCCAGAGAUCAGUGGAGCCCAAAAGUUCUCUUAAAUCAAAAAGUCAGACAAAGGAAACUAAAAGGCCGUCUUCGGGUACCAAGAGUGAAGAAACGGACACAAAGUCAAGAAGCGAGAGAAGUGAAAAGGUGUCUAGUCAUUCUAAAUCAGACCGAGAGGAAAAACGAACUUCCACACGGUCUUCCCGUUCUGACAAAGACCGGAGAAGGACAAAGAGCCGCUCAAGAUCCAGGUCCCGUGGCACACGGUCUAGUUCUUCGUAUUCUAGAUCGGAGCGAUCGAGAAGCGAGAGGCAGUCUAGGUCUGAUAGGUCUGAUCGGUCACACCAUCACGACAGUGAUCGGCGAUCACACCGGAGCUCCCCUCAUAAAGACUCCAGAGGUUCUCGUUCUCGAGCUACCCACAGAUCCAGAGACAGCUCUGACUCUGAGGAUGACCAUCGCAGAACACGUUCCCGUGCCAGUGACAGCAGCAGUAGACCACCGACCCGCUCAAGCUCCCAAAAAGACUCUAAAUCCUCCUCUUCAAAAUCGUACAAAGACUCCAAAUCUCAAGAGUCAUCUCGUUCAUCCGAGUCGGAUAAGAAGCCUCAGCAUUCCAGAUCUGAGCGGUCCAGUGCAAGAACAAAUGACUCUGAGAACAGUAAGAGACAUUCCCCGGAUUUGGAGUCAAGUUCAAGGAAGUCUGGUUCACGCGCUAAAACGGAAAACGGCUCCAAAUCCUCCCGGUCAAGUCCAUCUACAGCGUCAACAGCAAAGAAAAGACGGAAAAGCAGUGGCAGCUCAGAUUCUGAUGAGGAAGACAAAAGGAAAUCUCACUCACAAGGCUCUGACCGAUCUUCUGGCUCAUCGAACUCCUCUAAAAAAGCAGAUCAUCGUGACUCCUCGUCUUUAACUAGUAAAACAUCACAAAAGACCAGACAAUCAGAUGAAAAACUGAACAGUCCACCAUCCAGUCAGCCAUCUAGGCUGAAUCCAGGUCAACAACUUGAAAAGAAAGAAGUGGCUUCCAGACAAUCUAAGACUAAGUUGAAGUCAGAAAGUUCAGAGGAGAAGGUCUCUUCAGUGAAAAAGUCAACUAAUGAUUUUAAUGAUCCCUCCAUUCAGGUUUCUAGUGGCAGCCCAAUGAAAUGUCAGAGUUCUCAUAAAAAAGUUUCUGUUCCAAACCAGACAGGUCCAUUAGUAAACAAUGUAGAGAAGGUAUUGAAUGAGGAAGUAGACAGCACAGUUAAGCGAAUGACUAAUGAAGUUCAUGAAGCCAAAGGCUACUCCUCUACGAAAAAUGAAUUUGAUGCAUUGAAUCAUACAUGUGAGGUCAAAAACACUGCCUCUGCAUUAUCAGAAAAGCAGCUAAAUGUAGCAUAUUUUAAUUCUGUCAAUGAAAAUAAUAAUUUAUUACCAUGCUCAAGUAAGGUAGAUGGCCAAGACAAUAACGUUUGCCAAAAGUCGGACAGGUCAAAAGUAGACGUGCUUUCUGUGAAAGAUCCACCAUGCCCGGGACCCUCGAUACAAGACACUAAACACGAUGACCAAAUGCCUUCCAGUAUGGAAAGUAACCCCCUGCCACUGUGCACAGAUAUGGCUUCCCCUGUAGCACUGUCAUCUAAGAGUGAAGAUGGUAAGACACUCAAAGCUAGUGAGGACAAAGCUAGUGUUUCUGUGCCCUUGAAAAAAGUAGCUAAUGUGAAAAAAUCACGAUGGGACAUUGUUGGACAAGAUACCCCAGAAUGUGAAAGUCCUCAGAAAACUGUCAGCCCAGAUGUUAAGUCGCCUGUGAAAAAAGUUGUUUCUGUGAAGAGAAUAGAAUUUAGCAAAGACAGCACUCUUGAAGAUUCUUGCAACAGGAAGGAUUCCUUUUUGAAAAAGGAAGAUGAGGGUGAUUCCACAAAGUCCUUGGAAGAUAAAAGGGCAGAUGAAUUGCAGAAGAAGCCUUCAAAGAAAGAGUUGUUAAAGGAGUCGACAAACUGCACAUUGACGCCAGACCUUUGUAAAGUGACCUCUAACCAUGUGGAGAACAACGACACAUCUGGGCAUGUGAAAGCUGAAAAUCAUAUUUCAGACAUGCAUGCAAGUGACGCCCAGUCAAACACUUGUGCUAAGAAUUCCGAGCAGGUGCAAAACGAUCUGCCCAAAACAAAAUUGCCUAAAGCCUUGAAUGAAGAUGGACAUGGCCAGAGUGAGGACAGUGACACUGAUGAUUCUGAGUCUGAUUCGGACGAUGGGACAGUGCCUAUGAAACGACUGCACUCUGUGGUAGUUGUGCCGAAGAACUCCACCCUGACGUUGGACGAUCCCUCUGCGUCACCCACCACAGGUAGUGCCUCAGGCCAACAACAACAACAGCAGCAGCAGCAGCAGAUGGGUUCCUCAGCAGCUGAUGUUGACAAGAGAGCUGAACAAGGAGGCAGCAUUGGUGAGAGUCCCCAGAAGCAUAAUGCAACUCCAUGUGAGGCAGUAGACGACAGAAACCACAGGAUGCUCCCUCAACAGCCUCUUGGAGCUGUACCCGCAGGUUACCAGUCGCAGAGCAACAUGGUAGACAGCACAAGCCAGCUUGAUGCUCCCAACGCAGUGUCUCACUCGGAAAACACUAGCCCCGAAGGAAUGAAAGUCGGCAAAGCUUCUUCCAGCAAAGUUGGGCUCUUUCCAUCGACAGAUGCCCUGGGGGACCACCCUAGCCAAGAGUCUACACACACACCAGACAGUUGGCACAAUGCGCAGCCUACAAGGAACCUGACUAACUACAUGCCUUUUGACCCAUUCAGUCAAAAUAACCUUAAUGCUACAAGGGAGGGCUACAGUUUAGUGUAUGCACCGCACGAACUGCCCACCAGUACAUAUCAGCAGCCCGACAGCAGUCAUGGCACUCUCGUUCACAACAACUCUUUACAACAAGGCCACCAUUUUGCCUCUGCCCAGGUCCUAAGUGCUGGUCAUUACUGGUCCCAGCCUUCAGAUCCCCAACAGCCCGUCAGACUUGCUCAUAUCCCUGUGCCUUCCUCCCAACGCCAAGACUCGACUGGGCAGAUCCAUCCAGAUUCUCUCACCAAUGAUCACGAUGAGGAGGCUGCGUUUAGAUCCACAAGGCUGUCUAGUAGAGGCAGGGAAUCCACCGAACAACCUGCACAGUCUGGUUUUGUGCAAGCCAAUGAAAUAAGCAGUAAUUGCAAAGGAUUUGGCAGCACCACCACCACCACCACCACAGAGGGUGCAAAUGGACCUCAGGUUUCCAAAGAAGAGCGUCUGAGAGCACACAGGGGUAGAGGGCCACCGAAGAAAAGGCGUCAAGAAAUUGAGUCCGACUCUGACAACGAGGCAGAGGCGGAGGUGGCCAGCAAAAGGGAAUGUCUGGAGUCCGACAGCAAGGACAGCUCAGCACAUCCUAAAGAGGAGCAGAGGCCACUGUUGAGACUCAAAGACUUCCAAGACCCUGCAGUGUGGCGAGACAAGGCCAGAAGCAAAAAGAUGCCGCCAUACUUUGACUUGAUUGAAGAAAACCGCUACCUUACAGAACGGAAGAAGAACAAGUCCCAUCGGGAUAUCAAGCGCAUGCAGUGCGAGUGUUCGGUCCUGUCGAAAGACGAGAAGGCUAGAGGAAUGAUUGCCUGUGGUGAAGACUGCCUCAAUCGACUCCUCAUGAUUGAAUGCUCGUCACGUUGUCCAAAUGGAGCAUACUGCUCAAAUCGACGCUUCCAGAAGAAACAGCAUGCAGACUUUGAAGUCAUCCUCACUGAGAACAAAGGCUGGGGUCUACUGGCUGCCAAAGACCUUCCUGCGAAUACUUUUGUGCUGGAAUAUUGUGGAGAGGUUCUCGAUCACAAGGAGUUCAAGGCGAGGGUGAAGGAAUACGCCCGCAUGAAAAAUAUUCACUAUUACUUCAUGGCCUUGAAAAAUAACGAGAUCAUUGAUGCUACUCUGAAAGGGAACUGCUCACGCUUCAUGAACCACAGCUGUGAACCCAAUUGUGAGACACAAAAGUGGACAGUGAAUGGGCAGCUUCGAGUGGGCUUCUUCACCACCAAGGCGGUGACUGCUGGAACGGAACUCACCUUUGAUUACCAGUUUCAAAGAUAUGGAAAAGAGGCCCAGAGGUGCUUGUGUGGGGCGCCCAGCUGCCGUGGGAUCCUGGGCGGUGAGAACCGGGUCAGCGUUCGUGCUGCGGGCGGAAAGAAGCAGAGGGAGCGCAGCAGCAGGAAGAGCGCCCCGACCACAGUGGAUGAGGAGCUGGAGGCCCUGCUGGAGAAUGGCGAUGGUCUGCAGGAUGAGAAAGAGGUGGUGUCUCUGUGUCGCCUCAUGGUCCGAACUGAGACCCUGGAGCAGAGACUCACCUGCCUCAAACUCAUUCAGAACACACAAAACUCCUCGUGCCUGAAGCAGUUUCUGGAUCACCAUGGUCUGUCGUUGCUAUGGAUAUUCAUGGUGGAACUGUCAGAAGCGAAAGGCAACUCUGUUAACAACACCAAGCUGCAGUUGGAGAUCAUAAAGGCCUUGGGCGUGCUGCCCAUCUCCACCAAGAACAUGCUGGAGGAGAGCCGCGUGCUUCAGUUCAUCCAGCGCUGGGCCCAGAGCCGACCGCAGGUGGCCCUGCCGUCCGAGCAGGACGGCUAUUCCAGCGAGAGCACCUCACGCGCCCAGACGCCCCUCAACACGCCCGACGGCUCCUCCUUCACCAAGCUGGGGCCCGAGUUGGACGCCGCCGACACACCCAAGCGCGCCGUGUACCGCCGAUUGAAGAUAGUCAGCGAGAACAGCCUGGACAGCGCCAUGUCGGACGCCAGCAAGGCCUCGGACCUGAAAGAGGAGGACGAGGAGGAAGACGAAGAAGAGGAAGAGGAGACGCUGGUAGAAGACAGGACUACCAUGGAGAGCGACGGUGGAGCCGAGGGGGUGGGCAGCACGGCAGGGAAGACUGGCGACGGUGCGGGUGGAGAGGAGGAACCGGUGGCGGAGGUGAAGCGUGAGGAUGGGGAGCAGCAGAAGGAGGGGGAGCGAUGUGAAGAUGCAGAGAGGAAACGGGCGGAGGACAACACUCCCAUGGAGACGGAGGAGGUCAGCCAGGCCGAGUCGCCAGCAGAUCGCGAUGCUCUGUUGGACGUCGUUCCAACCCCACCCCCACCUGAAGCUCCACAGGAGGGCCAGGCUGAGGCCAAGGCAGAGCGAGAAGAGGCCAGCAGUGACACUCCCACCACCCCUCAGGAGACUCCUGUGUUGGAGAGUGCUAGUUCCACUCCAGGCCCGUCUGAGAAAUCCCCCACAGGUGACGCCCCCACAGCCUCUGUAGACGUCACAGAACACCCAGUUGCCGUUGACGACAAACAACCACCACCACCACCACCACCCCCGGAUGCUGCAGCCGAUGAGGAUUCCACAGGAACGCCCUGUGACACCAAGCCAGCUACAUCGGCAACCGUUGCCACCGACAUCACCGUGCCAUCAGCCCAGGGCAGCGCGGCCGCGGAGGUAGCCAGUGUGCCCGGCGGUGACGUGGCGGGCGUUGGCACGUCGUCGCAGGACGAGGAGGAGGGCGUCUCGGACGUGGAGAGCGAGAAGAGCCAGGAGCCGUCCGUCAAGACGGCGGCGGACAUUAGUGACCUGGCGGCCAGAUUGCUGGACAGCUGGAAAGACCUGAAGGAGGUGUAUAGGAUUCCCAAGAAGAGCCAGGUGGAGAAGGAGACCAGUGAUCGCAGUCGGGAUCGAGAUGUGCAGCUGACCCCCCGCACUCCCUCAGCCAGUCGGGAAAGAGAGCGUGAAAGGGAUCGGGAGAGGGAGAGGGAUCGGGAUCGGGAUCGGGAUAAGGAGCGCGACCGGGAUAAGGAGCGAGAUCGGGAGCGGGAGCGAGAGCGUGAGCGUGACUGGGAACGAGAGCGCGAUGGCGGCGAACGAGGGGCCCGCAGUGCAGAGCGGAGACGGAGAAGAGCCUCCCCCUCCCCCCCUCCACAGUCCUCCUACGACAGGAGUCGAAGAGGAGAGGAGAGGUUUGAGUCCGGCAGCAGCAGUAAGAAAAAGAGCCGGACGAAAGAGCGCAACAAGCUCUCCACCGAGGAACGUCGCAAGCUGUUUGAGCAGGAGGUUGCCCAGCGCGAGGCCCAGAAACAACAACAACAGCAGCAGCAGCAGCAACAACAGCAACAGGCUCAACAACAGCAGCAGCAGCAGCAACAGCAGCAGCAGCAGCCGCCGCAGCCCCUACCACAGCCAGCGCAGAUGCAGGCUCUCCCCUUCGACCCCAUGCUGUACGGCUCCAGCCCUGCAUCCUACAUCCACUACCCGCCCGGCUACCCCAUCCAGACCUUCGUGGACCCCACCAACCCCAACGCAGGCAAGGUGCUGCUCCCCACUCCGCCUAUGGAGCCCAUGCGCACUCCAGCAGGCUCCACCACGCCCUACGACCAGGAGAUGCCACCGUCCGCUGUCGGCUCCGUCCAGCCGGGGGCCGUGGUGUCCCCCUCGAUGGGGCUGCCCAUGCACAUUGCUCCCCCCAUGGACCUCCAAGUCUCUGCUGCUGCGUCCGUCCCGGUGUCCGCACCGCAGUUUGUUUCGCCCACCGGCGCGCCUACGCAAGACCCCACCGGCGGUGUAGCCGUCCUGGCUAUGCCUGCGCAGAACCCCGGUGCUCAGGCCCAGCAGCAGGCCUACGCAACACUCUGGGACCCCCUGGGUCUGCAGCAGCAGCAGCAGCAGCAGCAGGCGGUGACUGUGCAAGCACAACCGCAGGUACCACAGCCUCCAGCUCCGCAGCAGCAGCAGCCCCAGGCACCACCACCCCAGCAGCAGCAGCAGGCCUACCCCACCACCGCAGCACCACCACAGCCUGCCGCCAUCUACUACCAGGGCCAGCCCUGCCAGACCAUCUACAGCCUGCCCACUGGCUACCCCCCUACCAGCACACCACUCAUCCAGACGUAUGCGGAGACUGCAGGCUACCUCCACAACCAGCAGAUGUACCCGGCUCACCAGCAGGGCCUGGUGGUACAGCAGGGGGGCACCGUCACCACCAUCGUCACCGCCCAACCAGUCCAGCAGGAGAUGAUUGUACCCAAUGGGAUCAUGGAUCUGCCCCCUCCGUCGCCGCCUAAGCCCAAGACCAUCGUGCUGCCGCCUCACUGGAAGGCAGCCCGCGACCCCGAGGGGAAGAUCUACUACUACCAUAACCUCACCCGGCAAACCCAGUGGGAUCCUCCAAACUGGGGGGACGGUGGAAGCGAUGACUGCAGUGUGGGGCAUGAGGCAGAGAUGGACCUUGGCACGCCAACGUACGACGAAAACCCAUCAAAGUUCUCCACCAAAACGGCAGAAGCAGACACUUCCAGCGAGCUUGCCAAGAAAAGCAAGGAGGUCUUCCGCAAAGAGAUGUCCCAGUUCAUAGUGCAGUGUCUGAACCCGUACCGCAAACCAGACUGCAAGCUGGGACGCAUCAGCAACACUGAGGACUUCAAACACCUGGCCAGGAAGCUUACCCACGGCGUCAUGAACAAGGAGCUGAAGUCGUGUAAGAACCCAGAGGACCUGGAGUGCAACGAGAACGUCAAGCACAAGACCAAGGAAUACAUCAAGAAGUACAUGCAGAAGUUCGGCACAGUCUACCGGCCCAAAGAGGACUUGGACAUGGACUAAACGGGACUAAAACGUGCUGUCCUCCUAUUUGAUUAAAUUAGACGCAAGGAAAACGUCAUAACGAAAAGGAAGAUGCAAAACAAAAAAACGAACGAAUUAACUUGUUGCUGGGCCAUUCUCAUCUCGCACCGCAAGCAGACCAUGGAGGGGAGGGAAUGGACAGAGGGAAGAUGCGGAAGAGGAACGGCAGGAGGAAGGAAACCGAUACACUAGACGACCAGAAGAAGUGGUUUCUCUUCCUUGGCGGUGCUCUUCUUCUCUCUCCCCCCCAGUCUGCCUUUCCCUCCCCUGCCCCUUUCUCCUCCGUCGGUGAAGAGGGUCCAUGGCCCUGUGGUAUGACGGAGGGAGGAGUUGGAGUGCUGUGUCCAAUCCCCAACCCUCCGGAACGCAGUGUCCCGCCGCCCCUCCUGAGAGGGGAUUGGCCCCACGCGACGGCCGUCAUCACUCACAAACUCACAGACUGACAUGAGUGACGGCUCACUGAAGAACCAACGAGAAA